AUGAGAUAUAAAUUUCCCAGGAAUUAUAAAGUACUACUACUUGUUGCAUACCUGAGUGCUUUCAUAUAUUUCUGUCACCGUAUUGUCACUAAUGGGAAAAUAGUCGAAAAAAAAGUGAUCAAGCAGAUAGUUCUGCAUAAAACUCACAAGUGUGCAAGCAGCACUGUGGUCAACAUAUUAGAAAGAUUCGCCCUCAAACACAAGUUGAAAGUUGCCGUUCCACUUGGACUCCAAUCGACUUUUUUUGGAAAUAAAUUCAAGUUUUUUACCAGUUCCAGUGUCCAUGAAGUAUCUACGGCGCCCUUUGAUAUGCUUUAUUUCCACUUUCGAUUCAACAAAACUGAAAUUUUCAAAAUCAUGAAAAAGGAGACAAUUUAUGUCACUAUUCUGAGAGACCCAGUUGCACAAUUCGAUUCAGCUUUCAAAUUCUUUAAUCUUUACUACAUAUUGGGACUCAAGGCAAAGAACGGACUGGAGACUUUCAUAAAUAACCCUCAUCAAUUUUAUAAAUCACACAACAACAAUUUCCUCAGGAAUCCGAUGGCAUUCGAAUUCGGGUUUGACUCUAGAAAGAACUAUACAAAAGAACAAGUGGACGUGUUUGUAAGAGAAACCCUCUCUAGCUUUGAUUUAAUAAUGAUAUCAAAUUACUUUGACGAGUCGCUGGUUUUAUUUAAACAAGUGACUGGGUGGAAUAUUUCUGACCUCAUUUACUUCAGAUUGAACCAACAACCAGUCACCCCGUCAUUAGAGCGGCUCAGGUCAAAAAUUACUGAGUGGAAUGACGUGGACACCGCCUUGUAUUCGGCUGCACUUUCUCUUUUUAAAAAGAAGCUCAGUCGUCUGAACAUUGACCAGUUUUUGACAGACUUAAUUUCUUUGCGUGGAAAAUCUGAGGAAAUGUACAAAAAAUGUGUUUUGACACGCACAAUGAACAAAUCUCUUUUAACAGAAAACACAGAAUCCUGGAACGGAAAGACCUACGGAUAUUCUCUCACUCAAUUUGGUCAAAAAAAUAAUCUAUGCAAACAAAUGGCAAUGACUGACUAUGGCAUUCUGUUGAGUUACAGACGUAAAUUUAUCUAA